AUUAUCACCACAUUACCUGCGGGCUCAUGGCUCUGCUUUUGGCGCUGCUAAUUUCGCCCAUUUGACUCUCAUCUACCAGAUAGCUGGGCUCCCUGUAGGGGUUUACGCCCACACUUGAAUUGUCUCACUACCUGAAUUCCAAAAAACACUCUCUUCACAAUGCCCCGCGUGGCUAAUUCCAAGCACCGGCGUUCGAAUGGCGGCGCAUCUACACCUCACAAGAACUCUCCCAUGAGGAUCCCACUCAAUGAUGACAUGGGGGAGAAAGCAGCGCGCAUGGAAGCGCGCCAGGCUCGACAUGACCGCCACAUGGAUCAGAUUAAGGCCGCUGUCAAGACGCCCAUGCCCCCACGGCGAUAUACCGGAUAUGAAAACAGCGCCAGUAUGAGUCCCGUCACCCCCAGGGGAUCGGGGUAUCGAGGGCGAGAAAGUGAUGUGGGUGGACGUCGAGCAGUGACACCAAUGAAGCGUGUACCGAUCUUAGCCAACUUCGAAGAAUGGAUGAAGAUGGCGACCGACAACAAGAUCAACGCUAAUAACUCCUGGAAUUUUGCACUGAUUGACUACUUCCACGAUAUGUCGCUUCUGAAGGAAGGCGACGGUGUCAAUUUUCAGAAGGCUAGUUGCACGCUUGAUGGCUGCGUCAAGAUUUACACUAGCAGAGUCGAUAGUGUGGCGACGGAGACGGGUAAGCUUUUGAGUGGAUUAGCCGACAGUCGCGACAAGAGAGCUCGCGAAACCGGAGCUGAGGGUGGCGAGGACGAUGGGGUCGGCGAGGACGAAGAUGGAGAUGAAGGAAGUGCUAGAAAGUCACGGAGAAAGGUUCAGCGAUCACAUGAAGCUACAUUAGCACCCUCAUUCUCCUCGCUUCAACUUAAAAAAUUCGAGCUCGAAUUUUCUGUCGACCCGUUGUUCAAGAAAGCUUCCGCAGACUUUGAUGAAGGCGGUGCCAAAGGACUACUUUUGAAUCACCUAUCUAUCGAUGGACAGGGUCGUAUAGUGUUCGACAGCAGUGACGAUGCGGCCGCGGCGGCCGAAGCAACGUCAAAGGAGGCAGAUGACCAGGAAGUCGAAUCUGAAGAACACGAACUACCGCGAUCGCCAUCUUCGGCCAAUAACCAGGCAGGCGAUAUGUUCGAGGACAACAUGGAGAUAGACAUAGCUCCCCUGGCGAGCCGUUUUUUCCCGAACUUGGAUCUCAUGGAUAACCAGGACAUUUGCCCGUCACUAAAAAACUUUGAUCUGGGCGACCCGAGCGGCUCAUUAGAUAUCCCCUUCUUGAAGGCUCCGGACGACUGGCGACAUGAAAGAGAUCAAGAGGAAGGGAAUCCCGCAAAUGAUGCAUCUGGCAUCAUGCUAGAUGAUGACAAUGCAGUCGGAUUUGAUGAUGACGACGACGCCACAUUGGCUGGCUUUGAUUUGGGCGGAAACGCUGGCUUUGGGGAGGGGGGUGAGGCCUGGGCCCGUGAAGCUGCUUUGGAGCCGAUGCUGAAAGUGCAUCGCGUUGAUCGAGAAGGCGAUGAGAAUGCCGAUGGUGAUGACAUGGACCGUGAUGACGAUGAUGCUUAUGGUAUCUCUCUAACCCAUCAACCGGACAAAAGGGACCAUGACAAUAUUCUCAGCUACUUUGACAACGCACUGCAGAAGAAUUGGGCAGGUCCAGAACACUGGAAGAUUCGCCGUAUCAAGGAGCAUGCCGCUGCAAACAACGCCAACGUGGCGCCGAAGCAACGUAGGGAAAAAGAACCUUUCGAGGUUGAUUUCUCUGCUCCACUAAAUUCAACUAUUGGGGAAUUGAUCUAUACGCCUGCCAGCUCGAAUUCCACCAUAUCUCUGCCCAAGGCUCAAUGGAAAACCAAGGGUCGUAACCUUCUUCCAGAUGAUAAGCAUUUCAAUUCACGACAAUUGCUUCGCCUUUUCCUCAAACCGAAAGCCAGAAUGGGCUCCAAGAAACUUAUGGGCUCGAGACAUUUCAAUCACCGACGACAAGAUCAAACCUCGGGAAAUAGAGAAAUGGACGAGGCGUUCUGGGCAAACCACCAGCCAGAGGAUGCCGCCGCAUCCGAUGAGGGCGCCCCAGGGGCAUAUGACGCGAAUUUCUUCGCCGAUGAUGAUGGCCUUGCAUUCCCCAACGGCUUCGACGAAGACGAUGAUGAAAACCUUCCAUUUGCUGACGCUAGGGAGAUGCUUUCCCCGCCAAUGGAUGGUGCUCCUGGCUCAUCUAUAGGAGAAUCUGCUGCUGCAUCAGGACUCCCUGCACUCCUUAACAUGAUGGGGUCAGCCCCUGGCUCAGCACUACCAGCUGGUGCUGGAGGGUUCGGCUCUCAAUUAGUCACGCAAGGCGGUCGUCGGGCGCGUCCCGAGUAUGUCGCCUAUGCGCGAGUUGCUAAGAAGGUCGAUGUUCGUCGACUGAAGCAGGAUAUGUGGAGGGGCAUGGGAGAGCGGCUGAUAACAACAUCCCGUUUCGAGACCUCCCCUCAGGUAGAUACCGUUUUCAGUGCAGCCCAAGACGCUUCAUUGCACGAGUACGAAACCGAGACGCAUCCGGUCCCCACGUCCACGCUGCUAGAUAAGACCCACGAGGAUUCUUCUGCGGGCGGCGCACUUCGGUUCACACAGAUCAUGAACUCACUAAAAACGGUCUAUGCCCCGGAGAAGCUGCGCGACAUUAGCACGUCUUUCGGGUUUAUUUGCUUGCUCCACCUGGCCAACGAACAGGGUUUGGUUCUACAAAACGACGAUGGCCUUAAUGGCCUUGGUGCAGGAAAAUUGGAAGAGAUCUUCGUUGCCAAGGAUGCAAACGCAGUCCUUGACGAAGGAGAUGCAUGAGUGAACAUCAUGGUUGGCGAUACCAUUGGUCGAUUGACCAAGGAUGAAUACCAAAAUCCAGCACCACGAUAAGAUCGACCACUGCGAUAUGAGAAAUGCGGGCUUGUUAAAUGAUAUGCUUGAGUCUUGAGGGUAUAGGCGUUGAGUUUCGGACUUACUAAAUGGGAAAUUGGGCCGGCGUGGCUUCCAGGGGCUUUUAUUGCAGUAUUCGAUUAGGGAAUCAGGCUACCUUUGAGGACGGGUAUUUGUCGACUGCGCUGUCUGUUUGGCUUGGUCGAUUUGUUAAAAUUCAUAGUAGAUACCUGGCUUCUAACCAUACGUUUCUCUUGUCAGUCCAC